GAAAAGGAAAUACGAAUCGGCCCCACCCUGCUCCGUCGCUUGACCAAUCGCGGCCUGCUUUGACUAGCCAAUCACUUUACCCGCAAGGCCAGAAGAAAAGCAGAGUGCUGUUUUAAAAGUGACAGUGUAACGGUUGCUGGGACGCAGAGGCCUGAAGGAACGUAGGGGAGAGAAAAAGGCGCGAAAGGGGAAACUAGGUGGAGUCGUAGAUCUAUUAAAAAAGUGUAGACUCACACGCGCUGGCGAUUUCCGUUUUGACUUUUAAUGCUCGUUUUGGGCUUCUCGGAAGUGAAGGCGAGAAGUAUCUGCAUCAAGUUGACACAAGAGCAUCUGCAAUGCAAUUGACUACAGUAAUUUGCUGCAACCUGGGGUGCUGGAAAGGCAAACCAGUAAUGAUCAGAAAAUAAGAAGCAGUGAGGAGGAGCUGGGAGUCACCAACUUGGCAAACUUGCUGUCCUACAAAUGUUGCAACUCCUAUCAGCCCCAGCCAGCAUCGCCAAAUACCUGGCCUAAGGCUAAAAUUACUCCUUCGCAACAAUUAAAAAAAGAGAUCAAACCACUCUUUCCUUAACGGAAACUUGUGAAAGGAGGCUGACACAUUGGUAGUAGUAAGACUGAAAGAUCCCCGUGGACUGGAAUAUGCCCUCAUAAAACUGCUUUGGGGUCAGGGAAGAAAGAGGAAAACAGGAUUAGGGCGAUGGCUUUGAUUACACAACUUGCCUCCAAUGGAGACAGCUACUCAUUCCGUCCACCGAGGCUUCUGCUAUGAUCAGCUUUGCAAGCUCUUCACCCAGCGUUGCCAUUCUACCACCAGGGAGUCGGAGGGACUUCAACACUGUACUACUUUGCAGGAUUGUUGUAAAUUCCUCUUUUGGUCUCAGCAAUUAAUCUGCAGUAUUAAUCAGAUUUUGUUCGUGACUAGCCAUUCCCUCACAAGUCUCCACAUUCAGGCCCCAGCAAUAGGGAGAUAACAGUGUACUGACCUGUAUUUGCAGUUGGAUUGGCAGGAUGUUUUAUAAGUGUUUAGAAGACCCUCAACCUUCUCACCUUUUAGAAGAUCAACAAUUUCACAUUUGAGUUAUUUGAGAACGCUCAGGUGGAUGGCAUUGGAUCCCAUAUAUAUAAGGAUACCCUUCAUCCCCUAAAGAAAAUGAAUGUAUAGAAACUUGCAAGUGUGAUCCAUUUCAGUAAUGGCAGCCAAGCCUCGUUUGGAAGGGGCAAUGGCGUUAGGUGGACUACAUGUCUUCAGAUGAUGUUUCACUAAUGGCUUGACAUCUGUGGUCUGGACAGCAGUCGUCAUUAUGGAGAAUACAGAUGCAGAUGAAUGGGCGUCCAAACCAGAGGAUAAAGAUCCACCCCAAAGCCCCUAUUCUCUUGAAACACCCUAUGGCUUCCACUUAGAUCUUGACUUCCUGAAGUACGUAGAUGACAUCGAGAAAGGAAAUACUAUCAAGAGGAUCCCUAUUCACAGGAAGGCAAAGCACCCAAAAUUCAGCACGCUGCCUCGCAAUUUCAGCCUUCCAGAAAAUGGAUCAAGGGCCUACUCCUCAUCCCCAAACAAGAGCUUCCUUACACAGAGGAAGGCCUCCUUAGGGGCAGAGGAAAGCAGCCCUGUUGUCACAUCGACUGACUCAUUGCCCUUAGCCACCCAUUCAAAUGAGCCAAGCUACAGAAAAAAGGCCCUUUUAAUAGAGACUAUCAAGCAAGAUGCUGCGCACCUUGAAGAGGAGACUGGCAACUGUAGAGGGAGGCCUCAGCUUUUGAGGGCAUCCAGUAUGCCUGCCACGCUGCCACCAAGCCAGGAUUCAGAAGUAGAAACGCAGCCAGAAGCUUUUCCACCGUUGACAUUCCUUCCGUCUUCUGAUGGGAAAGGCUUGGAAUUUGAUUUUAGUCCCGUAAAGGGAACACUGGAUUCAGAUUGGUCCAAGGGAUCUCCUGAAAAUCUGAAAAAUGUAAAGGAGCAAAUCAGUCAGGCCGUCCAGGAUACUGAGAAGCUUACGAGGCAACAGAAAGAAGCUAAGCUUGUGCUAGACCAGGGACAACCAGAGCUUACAAAGGAGAGAAUACAACCCAGUGCUUCAUGGCAAAGUCAUUUAGUAUCUCAGGAACUGCUUGCAGUUGCUGAGAGCGGAGAAGAGGAAUGUGAUGCAACUGAGACAGAUGUUUGUCGGCCAUCCAUCCAAAGUGAAUUGACCACUUUCGGAGCCUUGGAAUACAACCCUGAGAGCCAGACCCAGGAAGACAUAGAGCUCACCAUAACUGAGACAGUUACAGCAGGACUACCGGAGGGGGAUGAAGUUACAAGUCCUGGCACUGGAGAGAUGAAAGAAAACGUAAACCUCAAGCCUUUGCUCUCUGAAGAACCUAGCAAGAUAACGGCCUUAAAGCAGCAUAUUGCUAUUCUGGAGGAACAGCUGAACAACAAGACAGAAGAACUUGAGCAGAUUCGAGUAGUCUUGAAGCAGCAGGAUAAGGAAAUCAAGGCGAAGGAGCGAAGCAUUGAAAUGCUGGCAAGUUCCAAAGCUCAACUGGAAGAGAAACUCUGUGGGGAGAGUACCAAAGAAAUUGCACCGGGCAAGCAGGACAAAAUUGCCCUCCAGUACCAUGAUGCUGCUGUGAAUACCGAACGGGCAGCUAAGGAGGCAUCUGACAAAGGGGUUAAUGUAAGCAUCACUGUGCCUAUGGAAUCAAUAGGGUGUGAUGCCUGUGAAAUUGAUAAUAAGAAUCUGCAGAUAAAGGAAGGGCAUAGGAAGCUGUUCCAUGUCCACCAUGAGAUGACAAGUGUUGAUGUUGGAGAAAAAGACCGUCCAUCUUUCCAGAGGCAGAAAGAAAUGAAACAGGAAGAUGAUAGUUCCCCUCUCGAGCUAAGUUACAAUGAACUGAAGAUUGAUGAACACGUUGAUAAUGACAACUACCAGAAGGGAGUGUGCAACUAUGACACACAGUUCUCUGCUGCUGGUGAAGAAAGCUGCUCAGGUGUUGAGGUGGUUGGCUCAAAGGCAGGAGGAAAUGAAGGCCUUUUUGAAGAAGAUUUUAAGCAGGAGCUGAAUGAGGAGGAAACCCAACCAGAACCAAAGAAUUCGCCUGCAGAUCCCAUCGUAGGCCAGUACGUUAAAAAAAUCCAGGAUCUGUUGCAAGAGCAGUGGACAUGCCUAGAACAUGGGUACCCAGAACUUGCCAGUGCCAUUAAGCAGCCCGCCUCGAAGCUCAGCUCCAUCCAGAACCAGCUUGUUAAUUCCUUGAACUUGCUGCUCUCUGCCUACUCAACACAAACGCCGACAGACAAGGAGAAUUCCAACACACAGUAUCAACAGUUGGAAAUUUCUCCAAGCACAAGCCUUAAAUCUAUAAUGAAAAAGAAGGACACUGGUUUCCAUGCAGGAGGUAACGGCACCAAAAAGAACCUUCAGUUUGUUGGGGUAAAUGGUGGUUACGAAACCACAUCCAGUGAAGAUUCCAGUUGUGAAGAAAGCUCCUCAGAAGGGAAUUCAGAUAGUGAGACUGAGAGAAAGUGUGGCAAUGAUGAGCAUAGAUGGGGUGAAGAUGGCAAUGAAAGUGAACAAAGAGCUUCUGGAACUGCCCAUUACGCAAGGAAAGAAGACCCCGAAGAGCAAGAAGGAACCACACGACCAAGCACACAGCACAAGGCAGACAGAUUUAAACCCUCUACAGAUUUUCUGAAAGGAUGCCAGAUCUUGAGCAAACACCUGCCAGAAAUAAGAACCACAAAGGACAAAUUACUGAGGCACGUUUUAAGCACCAUCUGCCAGGAGUGGUUCCGAAUCUCAAGCAGGAAAUCCUCCAGCCCUGAAAUUGUGGCAGCUUACCUCCAAGAGGUUGAGGCAAUUCAUCCACAGUUAGAGAAUAUAAUUGUGAACUUGGCUGACGGGAAUGGCAACACAGCACUUCAUUACAGUGUUUCUCAUUCCAACUUUCGGAUUGUGAAGCUUCUUUUAGAGACAGGUGUCUGUGAUGUGGACCAUCAAAACAAAGCUGGGUAUACAGCAGUAAUGAUCACACCACUUGCAUCAGCAGAAACCGAUGAAGAAAUGGAUGUGGUCACGAAGCUCUUGAAAGAAGGCAAUGUUAAUAUACGGGCAAGUCAGGGAGGCCAGACUGCCUUAAUUCUGGGGGUGAGCCAUGAUAGAGAAGAUAUGGUGAAAGCCUUGUUGUCAUGUGGCGCUGAUGUAAACCUUCAGGAUGAUGCUGGUUUGUCACCACUGAUGGUUGCUUCUCAGUAUGGUAACAUCGAAAUUGUGAAGCUUCUCUUGACCCAUCCAAGUUGUGAUGCUGCAUUGAUUGACAAGGCUGGUAAUUCUGCUUUGUCCAUAGCUUUGAAAUCUGCCCACACGGAAAUUGUAGAGUUCCUUCGGAGCCACAUACAGCACAGUCGGCCUCUGAAUACAUAAAGUGAUGGAAUGGGAAACCGAUAACAAAAGACUCAUUAUUUUACCCAGCUCUGUAACCAAUUUAUAUGCCCAUGAUCAUAGCUGAUAACUGCUGAUUUCUCUACUUACGGAAAGGCGGAACUAUGUCAGCUAUUUGCAUACAUUUCUAAUGAAUGAGUCACUCCCUUAAACCUUCUUUUAUAGCCUUAACCUCUGACCAGUGGCACAAAUAAUGGUUAGAUUAUUUCUUUGCCUUUUCUUAAUAGUAAUUGCUUCCACAAGUCAAGUUGUCUUGUCUCUUCUUCAGCUUUGAGCUUAUCUUUUUUUGUUUCUCAAAGCUUGAAUAACUACAGGGAAGCAACUAGGUUGGUCCUGGGCAUAGUUCUACAUUUUUGAAGACCAAGGGCAUAAAGGAUAAUGUGCUUUCAGGUAUGACAUCACCACCACACCAAAGCUGCCCAGGUUCAGUGAAGGUACAAGUAAUACGGAGCAAUUCUGAGAUACUUUAAAUUUAUUGAUAGCCUGAUGCUGUGUCAGCUUGUACUAACUUCAAAUAUAUUCUCUGUACCUUGUGAAUAAGGUAACACUAGGAAGUCUUCCUUCCUGCCCAGUAAAUCUUCCUCAGAUUCACAUAUUUUUCUAAGCCUGUUGUUGCUGCACAGCCCAUUGAUUGCUCUGUAAGAAAGUACCAGCCUUUCCCCCUGCUGCAUCAGAGCAUCACAUCAGGGACAACUCAGAGUGCAGUAGCACUGAUGGUUGCUGUUGGGCUAAGGCUAUGGUCUGGGCCUGAUCCCAGUUCAAGGGCACAAAUUAGUACCAAUUCUUAGUACCUCAGCAGUCAUUACAAGAGACACUAGUUUGGAUGUGUUUGUCAAAAGGGCUUGGAUCCAACCGCAGCAGAACUUGAGAGUUGAGACUCAAGAGAUCCCCAUUGCAUGAGCAGAACUUCAUCUACAGAACUUUGGAUCCAACCGUGCUGUUGCCAUCACACCAUACUUUUCCAGGAGUGUCUCAUUUUACGCAAUAUGUGACCUUGCAUCACCACUUGCAUCACCGCCCUAUCUGUUUCUCCCUGUCGCCCACCACUGUGGAUAGCAGAUGUUCUGAGACAAAGAAGAUGAAAAGCAAAGCACGACAGCAUCACAUAUAGGGUAAAACUAGACAUUAAUGAGAAGAAAGGAAACUAAGACACAGAGUUAAAGUAUAGUUGAUAGUCGUUGGUUUGGCAUUGGUACCACAUCUUUGGGUUGGGCUGUGAAAACAGAUAUUGCUUUUCAAAUGAAAGUCCAGCAUAUAUCUCUUAAAGCACAUGAUGUUUCCAGUUUGUCUACAAGCACAGCAGUAAAGCAAUACUUUUUUGGAGUAACUUUAGAUAAUGAGUAUUGUUUGUAACCAGCUAUCUUAACGCAUGUCUCAGUUAACUUGUAAGUUGUACUGUGCUAUUUAUUACUAUUGAUUUCUGUAAGUACAGGCAGUCAACAUUUACUCAGCAUACAGCUACAAAUAUAGAUUGGCUAGAUUAUGUACAAUAUAUAUCUUGGUUGUGUUUGGUUUCUAUGGCUCUGAUGCAAGAAGUCAUAGCUAAUUAUUUACAGAAAUAGUUGAAUGUAUUAAAUCCAAACACACACACAUUACUUCCUGUAUAUUCACAAAGCACAACCAUCUUGUUUUAUAUCCCUUUGGAAUUAUCAUAUAUAUGGCUUUCUUACAUUUUUUUAAUUGAAUUUGAAUUAACCAGCCAAGAGAAAGCUUUGAAGUAUAUUUCUCACUGGAAGUUUGGGCACAAUUAAGAUACAGUGUGCAUUUUCAUUUUUUUACCAAGCUAAGUAUGUAGAACAAAAUGACUUGAUCAUAAACUUCCUCAUGAGAAUUAUUAUUGUUUAAGAUAUUUUCAUAAUUUGGUUCUGUAGAGCCAUUUCUGAUUAUGGCUUCAUAUGGAAGGUGCCUUUUGGGCAAACAUCUGUUCUCAUCUGUUUCAUCAGGCUAAAAUGCUGGAAAUCCCAAACUUGGUAGAUUGAAAUCUGUUGUACUAAUUUAUCUGCCAUAUUGUUUCAUUUAUUGAGUAACCUUCCACCCACAGGGUAGGCAGAGUUCUUCUGUGGGCUCUGGCAGCCUUCCAGAACUCACUACAAUGCACACAUAUGAAGAUCUCGCUCAAAUUCCCAUUGCUCAACCACAAUGAAUAACAAAAAUACCUUCCAUAAUCCAGAAACAGUGCAACCAGUUCCUCAUUUCCAGUGGAGCCUCCUCUUUUGAACAGCAGCGUUGUCAAAGUGAUAAUUUAAAGUUCAUCCUCAUUAACUUGCUGUAAUAUGCAUCUGCUUAGCUUCUCUGCCUCAAAAUUAUCCUGCAAAUGUUAUGCUGAAAACUAGUUAAACUGGGGUGCGUGCAUGUCAGAUCACUCUUGCUUAACUAUUUGGGCUGUCUCUGCUAUGAGCAAUGUUUUGCAAUGACCCAUCAUUUUAAGCAAAUAAAUGGAACUGUAAAAUAGCAGUCUUCUUUGCUGCAUGAUGAACUACGUUUGAAAAUCAGGUGUGUUACAUUAACAGUGUGGGAUGAAGCAUAGGGUUCUUUUCUGCAAAGAAGAAAGUCACAGAGCUCUCAGUGCAUGCACACAUUUCUUUAGGGCAAAGCUAAAGAAAAUUUCAUGAUGUGGUCAUAGCAAGUGCAGGAAGCACUAGGGCUUCUCUGAGGAGAAAAAGGCAGCACCGAGGAGCUUCCCUCAGCACUAUUUCUUUCCCUGAUCAAAUUAGCUGUUUUGAAUGAUUAAACAAAAUGCAGUGGUCCUGAUCAUUGAUCCCUUGCGUCAUGAGUAAUUUGGCCCUAUAACAAAGCCAUUUAUGGUACUCAUUGGCUGGGUCCAGAUAUAAUGGGAAAUUAUGGUUUCCCAUUAUGUGUAUGUGUUGUAGCAAUCACAACCUCAGCUUUGUGUGCUUGUCCCUCAUCUCUCUCAUACCAGAAGAGGAGCUACUUCUUAGUUUAAAGUAAACAUUGUUCCCUGUGACAUCCAAACCCAGAGAACUGCAAAGGCUUUUUAAUACUAUGUUUAGUGAAAGCAAUUCGGAAUUAAGCUAUACUUGAUUCCAAGAGUGGCUUGUUUUCAAACUAUAUUUUUGACAAAUCCAUAACCUGUAUAGGUUGCCUUAUUAACAGAUCUGAAAUUUGACAAAUCAUAGUUUCCCAGGUUUGAACAUCACAACGAACAAUGGUUAGGAUAAAACUGUAAGUGGCGAAUCCUCUGCCAUGUGAAAGGGGAGAUGGGAAAACUUGCAACCCCAAGGCUUAGCACCAUUCACUCUCAUCACAGGACAUUACUUGCAAACCCAACCAGUAUUACAUAUGUUGGGAUUUGACAUGUACCUAGCAAUUCUAUCUGACACUUUAAAAAUGAAUACUUUCACAAUAGGGUCUCUAUUUUUCUCUGUCAUGACAUAAACUCUCAUGGCAUGGUAGUCAUAAAUGCAACAAAGCUACACUUGUUCAAUUCUGCAUGCAUGCACCUGUUAAGGCACAGCUUCUGUAAGAAAAUAGGCAGAAAUUUAUUUUUAGCAUCAAUGGGAUGGAGAGGGGAUGCUGCAAAGUGAAAUACAUCACAUUUGAGCAGCUUGAGUGUGGAUCACACACAUAACAAAGGAGCUCCCAUAUGCAAUAAACCUUGAAAGUAAUGUGGGGUUUUAAAACUGUUUUGCGUCCGGCUUUCAAUGCUUUAAAUGAACUGACAUUAUCAUUUAUAGUAACCUUCCAGGAAAAAUAGAAUGAGACUUGUGUGAACUUUGUUGUACAUUACUAUUAAAAUUAGUCAUAUAA